AAAGAAAUAUUCACAAGAGAGAAAACAUUAGUUUUAUUACAAUAAAAUAAAAUUUUCAUUGUAAAAUGGUAUUAAGACCCCUUACCGAUUCGCUACAAAAAGUAGCCAAUGAGGAAUUAAAUGAAGAACCCCAAAGUAUGGCUAGCAAAUUACAGUCUUUAAAAAUUUGGAUUACAGAACAGCCUCAUUUAAAAUCUCGUACAGAUGAUCAGUUUCUUAUAGCAUUCUUAAGAAAUUGUAAAUAUAAUUUAGAGGAAGCUCAACAAAAACUGGACAAUUAUUAUAGUUAUAUAGAAAAAAAUCCCGAGAUCUUAAGAAGACCAGAUGUAGCAGAAGAAAGGUUUAGGAAAUUAUUAAAAUGUGGUGUGGUAGUGUACUUACCACAACCAUUAAACGAAGUGGGUCCCCGUGUUGUACUGGUACGCAAUGGGGCCUUUGAUCCCCGGGAAUUUUCCUUUAAUGAGGUUUCACAAUUUCGUCAAUUAAUGCAAGAUAUUUUAUUCUUAGAGGAUGAUGUGGCCGUUGUUUCCGGUCUUAUUUAUGUUAUGGAUUUUGGUGAGGUGUCUGCUAGCCACUAUAUACAAGUUAGUCCGGCGGCCUUAAAAAAAAUUUCACAAUACACUGAGGAAUGUGUUCCUCUAAAUCUAAAAGCUAAUCACUUUAUAAAUACGGCCACUGGAUUUGCUCCUCUGUAUAAUUUGGCUAAAGCGUUUAUGCCUGCAAAAAUACAAAAUAAAAUGUUUGUUCAUGGUUCUAAUCUGGAGCAGUUAUACAAAUCCAUACCACAAGAGAUAUUGCCCUUGGAAUAUGGUGGCAAGGCUGGCAGUUUACAAGAUUUAAUCGAUCAAUGGGAACAGAAAGUUCUUUCUUAUGUGGAGUAUUUCAAAGAUAAUGACAAAUAUGGAGUAGAUGAAAGCUUACGUGUUAAGAAUUCCGAUGGUGCCACUAGAUCCAAGUUUUUAGGUAUAUUUUAUUUAACUAAGUUUUGUUUAUUAUAGAAAGCUUUUGUUGUGCUAAAAGUUUUCUAAAAAAAUCUUUAGAGAGAGAAAAUUGUUUAACUUUUAAAUAACUCCACCUUUUAAAACACCCUUUUGUAUUGUUUCCAACUUAAUAAACACCAAAAACUAUAUUUAAUCUAAUAAAAUUUCUUAAAUUUAA